CUUGCCAGUCUCAAAUCGCCUUCGGUCAUUCAAAUGCGCAGGAAUAUCUCGUGAAUCGCUGGACCGCUCAACGAAGCCGGUUACCUUGCUACCGUCAUGUCGUUCAGUAGCUUUGGUAACCCUGGCGCAGCCAUGGGCGGGGCAACUCCAGGUGUACAAUCAGGACCUGAUCUUCAGGACAUACAAACAGAGGCUCUCGGGUUUCUAGCUCUCUCGGGAGAAUCUAAAGUUCAAUUACUUCCAUCACCAUGGCCGGCCGACAAUCUGCCUCCUCCUACUUCCUCUCUCAUGAGCGUGGCCUCGCGCAAAGGUCUUCUGGCCGCAGCAGGACCGGAUGCGAUUGUCGUGGCAACUACGGAGUCGGUACGAAAAGCCUUCGAGGGACCGGGUACUGGAGAUGGGAAUUUCAAACCCUUCCAACCUCAAUUGAAGCUCCCAAUGCCGAUGAGGAUCUCGCAACUUGCAUUCUCGGCAGAUGAGUCGUACUUAGUAUUAGCUGCUGAGGUUGGAGGGGGGCUGGCUGUUUAUGAUGUCAACGCGCUCUUACAGGGCUCCACGCAGUCGGCAUUCGAGUUAUCUACAAAUGGUCAGGCACUGAGAGCCCUUAUCCCGAACCCAACACCAGAGAAGGGCGAACUUUUUGCCGUGGUUACAGUAGAUGGCAAUCUCCUGAUAGCCAACCUCAAGGAGAGGGCGUUCAUAUCAGGACCUUCGGGUCAGGUCUUGAAAGAUGGUGUUAGCUGCCUUUCAUGGAGCACAAAAGGAAAACAAUUAGUAGCCGGUCUUGGAAAUGGAGCUGCCUAUCAAAUGACUCCCGAAGGAGUGGGCAAGGGGGAUAUCCCUAAGCCGCCGGGUGUGGGUGACAACCAUCACGUAUCUUCGAUUACCUGGCUCGAAAACAACGUAUUCCUCUUGGUCCAUACCCCGUCGAAUUUCGACAGUGGCGAGGCCCCAUCCUCUGUAUUCCACAUCGCAACCCGUAACCCACCUUCUAGCUUCGUUUUUCAGAAGGUCUCGGAGCCUGUGGGACCUUUUGGCCUCAAUCGGUCACCACCCCACCACUUCUUUCUUCGUUUGAGAGAUUUCCCCCCUAAUCUACAGGAUCUUAUCAUUGUCGCUUCAACCGCAUCGACUGAUAUCGGACUUUUCAGUCGAUCCAAAGUUCCAUUGGCUAGUGACAAGCCUGCCGGGGUCUUUACAAUGACAGAAAUGUCAGAUGACUCGCGCCGAGCCCAGCUUCCCAUGACGGGUGAGCUAAAUGAUACGUCUCCAAUUGGUCUCGCGCUUGAUCUCUCCAGCAAAGAAAAAGUCACGAAACCUAUUCCGAGUGACGAGAUGGACGAAUCGCCGACUCCCUUACCUGCUCUCAUGGUUCUGAACAACGAAGGGGUGCUAGCUUCAUGGUGGAUUGUCUAUUCGGAUUCGAUACGUCAAGGCACAAUUUAUCCAGGCCUCGUCGCAGCUGAAGGUGUUCAACAACAACAAUCAUCUCCUGCCCCAGUACAAGCCCCAGCGUCAGCCUUUGGCGGCGCUCCAAAGGUAGCGUUUGGAGCACCUUCAAUUCAAGGCCCCACUUCCACAGGCGCCUUCGGCUCUACAUCUAGCCUUGGUCAGCGGCAAUCACCUUGGUCUACAUCGGCGUCCUCAACCGCGGCGCCAACUAGUGCCCCAGCUUUCGGAGCCCCAGCUUUUGGAACUCCAUCUUUUGGAACUCCAUCUUUUGGUUCCACAUCCACGCCUUCCGCCGCCAAGCCAGCAUUUGGGACUCCUGCUUUUGGUACAACCAGCACUCCGGCAUUCGGAGCUUCCGGGUUUGCUGGUCCUAAACAAUCUCCCUGGGCAUCGGCGGCGUCUACAACCACGGGCGUAGCUUUUGGUCAGACAGCUGGGCUGGGUAAGCCCGCUGGGGUCUUUGGGUCGACGGCGCCAACCGCUGGUAUUACUAUUCCAUCGAGUGGAGGAUUUGCUUCCUUUGCUUCCAAGGGAGGGUUUGCUGCUGCCGCCCCUCCUGCCGGUGGAAGCAUUUUUGGAUCAAAGCCAGCUUCAAAUCCAUUUGGCACGCCCAAUUCGAGUUUCGGGAUGGAUACGAAUACAUCCUUCGGCGGAACACCAAAAGUUCCAGAUGAGAAGCCAGCGAAUCCUUUUGGUGGUGGCUCGGGUGGUUUCGUUCUCGGUUCUACAUUCAAAGCUGACCCAACUGCCAAGGACGAAGCGUCGGAGCCGUCAACUGAACCCAAAAGCUCAUUCUUUGGAGGAGCAUUCGGGAGUGCCCUUGGAGAGGCUGCCAAGGCGCCACCUGCGGAUAAUUCUGAAUCAAAUGACGCUGACAUGGACUCGACUGAAGAUACAACUAAGCCGGAAGAACCCACUAAACCAGAUUCAACGACACCUGCCUCUACACCAGCUCCAGCUAAGUCAUCUUUCUUUUCCUCAGCUCAACCAGUCAGCAGUGGGCUUUUCGGGAGUGCCAGUCCAACCCCAUCAUCUGCUACCACCAAGCCUGCGGCAUCGGCCGGCUUUAGUUUUGGCACACCGGCUACAGAAGGGCCUAAACCAGGUGGCUUCAGUUUCGCAAAUUUGAACACGGCUGAGGCAAAGCCUUCAAGUCCUGCCGCUCAGACCCCAACCGCGUUGAGCCCCCCUUCUCCUGUCAAGGUCAAAGAAGAGCCAGUUUCAGAUGGGGAAAAUGAAAAGUUGAAAGAUAACGCUCCUGAACCUCCACUGCCACCCGAAUCUACGAGUAAGACUUCUCAUGCGGCUGGCGAUACUUCUGUUUCGUCAACGGAAACGAAAGCUCCAUCACCCCCAGCUUCCAUUCCCAAAAGCGCACCAAAAUCAGUCCCAUCAGCACCAUCUCCUGUUUCUAACCCCUUCUUGGGAAAGCCUAUUUCUGCCAAUCUAAUCCCUCCCAGCGAUGUCCCAGGAGGACCGGAGGAUGAAGGUGAUGAGACUGACGUCUCAGCAAAAGAAACUAAAACUACACCCAAAUCUGUGCUAUCGCCGCCAUCCCCUGUCUCUAAGCCAACACUCGGAAAGCCUAUCUCUGCCGAUCUGAUUCCCCCCAGUGAUGUUCCACUAGGUCCGGAGGACGAGGAUAAUGACUCUGAUUUUCUGACCGAAGAAGACGACGAUGAGAACGAUCACAGUGAGGGUUCCCGCGAGGAAGAGAGUGAAGAUCAUAGUGAGGAAGAAGGGAGCGGCGAAGAUGUUGCGAAGGAUCUUAGCCCCACUUCGGAGGCAAAUCAAACACCGGGACUUACACCUCAAAGCUCUUUUGGGGCCUACAAUAAUCGCAGCCCCGAGAGUAGUGUCUUUACCAAAAUACAGAAGCCUGGCCAGCCAAAUCAGCCCAGGUCUCUGUUCGGUGAGAUUAACAUUUCAGCGCCUGUGCUUCCUCCUCCAAAAUUACAGUCUAGUCCUCGUUCACCAAGCCCCAUACGGUCUGCUGUACCAGGCAGGAUGCUACGACCUGAUGCUCUCCGAUCUGUCAGCGCUCCCGGGGUUGGUUCCCAUAUGCUAGGAACUCAGAGGUUACCUGGGCGAUCAGCCGCUCCGGCUCAAAGCACUUUCCAACUCUCCCUAGAACAACGAAAUGCUGAAGAAAAACGUCGAGCUGAGGCCAAAGCCAACAAAGAAGCAGCCGAGAAGAAGGCCCUCGUCGACGAUGAAGAUGAGGAGAUGCAGAAGUUUCUUGCCUCCGAAAUUACUGGGACAACAAUACUCGAUGAAUUUGUGGCUCACACAGACUAUAUUGGCCCACCAUCAGUGGACAGUAUCCCAGCUCAAGUUGAGACUGUAUACCGAGAUAUCAAUUCCAUGAUAGAUACUCUGGGUAUCAACGCACGAGCCUUGAAGUCCUUCAUCAAAGGUCAUACAGAACAAUACAAAGAAGGGGGCCGAAAUAGGGAAGAUCUGGAGAGUGACGAAUCUUGGUGCUUGGUAGAAAUCGAGGACCUUUCCACGAUCGUGGAGGAUACACUCACGCGCGAGCUCGAAAAUGGUCGUGUGAAAGACGUUGCCGAUAAAUUGGAGACUUGCAAUGAACUUCAAAAGGAUCUGAUCAGGCUGCGCGCAAGACUUGAAGACAUAAAAAAGAUUCAUGCCUCGUUUUCCGAUCCUGAGCAUCUUGCUAUCACCCGGGCGCAACCUCUGAGUGCUGAGCAAGCAGCCCAACAGCAUGAUCUUCGGAGAGAUUUUCACAAGUUCCAAAACCUACUCUCCGAAGCUGAGGAAGGGUUGACCAUUCUCAAGGCUAAGAUUGUAUCUCAAGCGACCUCCAAUGGAAAAUCUAGUGGUACCGGUCCGACCGUCGAAGCUGUGAUGAGAACCAUCACGAAGAUGACAAGCAUGGCGGAGAAGAGAAGCGGGGAUAUUGAUGUUCUGGAAGGGGAGAUGCGAAAGCUCCGAUUUGACCCUGCCGCAAGCACAGGCAGUCGAGAGGGAUCGCCAUUUGCAACACCGCAAAAGAAUAGAGCGUCCUUGCGGAACCCAGCAACAUCCAGCACAUACGGUCUGUUCUACACGCCAGAAAGCGUCAAAGAAGCCCCGCGGGGAUUUCAGAGUUCUUUGAUGUCGUCGACUAAUUCUUUGAGUCGAAGCUCUCCUCCCCGAAAGAAACUGAGUGGCUACACGCCAGAUGAAAAGGCUCAAAUCAAGGCGAAGUUGGCGAGGAAAAAGGAAGUGACGGAUCGCUUGAGAACAGCUUUACAGAAGGCUGGUACGAAUGUCCGACUUAUGGAUGAUGAUGACGAAAAGUAAUUGGGUUAGAAGUGGAUUCCUUGUAUACUGGAGUCAACGGAAGGAGGUUCAAGGCUAGCAUUGAUCAGUAUGUUUAUAUAUGUUGUAUCAGUAUUAGGCAUAGUGAUUAGAGCGAGGCACUGAUAGUGAAAAAUAAUAAAAUUAAGCAUGCGCCA